CCUCCCAGACAACAAGUGGUGGCUGUCCCUUGCUCAGCAGAAGGUUCGAAUAAGAAUCCGCUAUAAAGAUCAAAAUGGACGACGACUACAUAAUGUAUAUGAACUCGACAUCGUCGUGGAGCGUUGACAGCAGCGAUCGCGAGGACCUAUUCUGGGGGAACACCUGGGACAAAUUCGCCGACAACGCGCGAUGGGCGGCCGUCGUCUUCUCCUGUCUCGGUCUGAUCCUCAACGGAACCGCCGUCGCCAUGCAGGUCGCAAACUUCUGCCGACGGAUGGCGACGAACGCCGGCACGAUGGUGUUGUUCCUAUGCACUGUGCUGACGUUCGAACACGCUUCCUACACAGCGAUGAUCAUCGCGGGAAAGUACCAGGAUCCCGAAAACAUGUCGGUACACUACUGCGUCGCCGACUUUUUCGUGUUCGCCUUCCUCUUGUUCGCCAUCUCGUGGACGCUGGUACUGAUGAUGGCGUCGCGCGUGGUGGCCGCGCGUCGACCAAGGUCCGAGUUCUCUCUCGUGCGCAUCUACUGGCUAUUUGAGGUCGUUAUUUGCAUCCUGUCCUUCCUCAUCAACAUCUACAUCGUCGUACUGCUACACCUCGAGGCGCGACGCCGCGGUGAUGUCACGCACUGCCCAUACACGCAUUUUCCUUACCUCCUGUAUAGCAUCCUGAACACGUUCCCUGGAACGCUGGUGCCUCUCAUCAUCACUGGCGUGCUAUCCUGCCUCACCUGCAUCGUGCGCGUCGCGUGUGGCAUGCGCUCACGUGGUGGGGGCGCCACCGUCGCCGAACCGGGCCGGACCUCCUCCAGGCUUCGCAUCAACGUCGCCUUCAUCGUGGCUGCCGUCGGUACCCUGGUCAUUACACUUCUGAACUACGCUGUGGUGUUUGCGAUUAACACGGGCGGAUUACUCGAGAAGCUAGGAAAAGUAAUGUGGGUGAUGAACGUACUGUUGACGGCGUGGACCGCCCUCGUACCUGUCAUCUUCUUCGCCGUCAUCCCUCGCGUCAUGUGGCCGCAGCGUAUUACGGCAGCCAAUGCGGAGAUCACCAUGACUACGAAGAUGUGA